AUGCGGCAAGAUACCCCUUUGAACAUCGCCAUAAUUUCUCACUACAAGACCUCGCCCGCCUUCAAAGGUUUCGAGCCAAAGGCUUACAGCAAAGACAUUCGCUCCUCGGAGUCUUAUGAUGCAGUUAUCCUCAAAGCAGUCAAAUACGACAUUAGUGACCACUUUCGGUCCUACUUCGACUGGUUUUCGGGUAUGGCAAACCCGCGCAUCUCGAUGAUCUUUGCCUACGUUGAAUGUGAUGACUGUGUCGGAGGUGCUACACAGUUCCCUGAGCUUGUUAGUAGGUUAUGUGCCAAAUGGUGUAUCAACUGUGAAGCUGACUCUGGAGCUGGGGACGUUGCAUUCAAACCCCUGGGGGGAAAUGCAGUGUCUAUACUCAUCACCAUGAAAUUCUCAUCUGCUUUCACUGCUGGAGCUCUGUUGUUCCCGGCCCUCAUUUCUGGUGCGCCUAUCAUUGAUGGCGGAAUAGAGAACCGUGAGGACGCAGCCGCGCCCGCGCCCGCCUACGUCUGGUUGGCGUCUGGCAAGAAGCGCAGUCCUGUUGAGGAGGUGGCCGAACCCCCCACGGCCUACGUCUGGACUGCCCCCAAUAAAGAGAAGCGGAACGCUGCUGUGGACGCGGACGCAGCCGUCUCAGCCUACGUCUGGACUGGCUCCAACAAAUAG